AUGGUCUCUAUUUCGAGACUUGACUUUGGACUUUUAGAAAUUCGACCUGGUGCUUUAAGGGGAAAUCACAGACAUCAUACUUGUAAUGAGACACUUGUCAUUUGGGGUGCUAAAACAAAAUAUCAGUUGGAGAACUACCAAGUAGUUGGUAAAGGUUGCGCUGAAGUGAUAAUUGAUGCAGACGAGAUUGCUGUUGCAGCUAGCCCAAGCGGAACUGCCCAUGCUUUAGUAAAUGUGGAUCCAAUUCGAAGUUCAUACUUUAUUGGGUGCCAAGACAGUAUUGUAAAUUAUAGCAACUCAUCUACUGAUUUUAAUGUCUGGAAAGAUCUUUAAGCUUUAUUUUUUUGCAAGUUUUGCUUGGUUUCCCUUUUCUGUCUAACAUGCUUCAUUUUUUUUUUUUAAUUGCCCAAUAGGUGACUACUGUACUAGGGCAUUCCAAGGUUAAAAGUUUACUUUUUCUCGUCAAUGCCAUAUUUUAGGCACUAGACAGCAACAACAUCCUCCAAGUUCUCAUAGGGUAAGUCAUGAAAAGUUGGUGUUAGUUUUUUGUGCCAGCUAUGAUUUUAUGGGGUCAACAUGUUUCUUUGUUUGAUUAUAAUUAGAAUGGAAUUGGGUGCUGUGUAGGGCUUGUUAUUUGAGGAGAAAAACAGGCUGGGUCAAUAUGUUUUGUUAUGUGCAUCAAUUUCAGUGUCAUCUCGUCGGUAUCCCCAUUUACCAACCGCUGAAGGUUUCUUAAAGGAUCAAAUCUUUGUUGUUUCAGUCCCUCCUGUUGUGGGUAUUAGUGACCUGAUGCUUCAGCAUGAAGAACUUCUAAGGAGUACGCUAAUGGAUGGGAAUCUUCAAUGGCUUGGUUAUUUGUCAUCAACUAAUAUGCCAGAGAAGAUACACACUAUCUAUUGUAUAUAUAUGAUUUAAUGAGAAUCAAGUUGUAUACUUGUAUGCAAUGCCUAAAGAGGCCGAAAAUAUUGAUGCUCCGUUAGUAGAGGUAAUUCCUCCUGCACCAUUAGCAUCUUCUAUGGAUUUUAUGGGAUUGUGAGUUUUUUCCCCUUAAGUGAUUUUUACACUCUGCGUUCAUGUGAUAUUGUGUAUUAUAAUUUAUAUAUGAUUUAAUGAGAAUCAAGUUUUUUAAA